AUUUGUUUACUUUUGGGUGGAAUGGCGUCUCCGGCACCAAAAUCUCCUGAGCAAUCGGAGAAAAGUAAGAAAUACGAUAGGCAGCUUAGGUUAUGGGGCGAUGAUGGCCAGGUGGCUCUGGAACAAGCCAAAGUGUGCCUUGUCAAUGCCACAAGCACUGGAACAGAAAUACUCAAGUCCCUGAUAUUGCCCGGGGUUGGUGCGUUCACGAUCGUCGAUGGCAAGAAGAUAACUGAGGAAGAUAUUGGUUGCAACUUCUUCUUGGACGCCGACAGCUGUGGCCAGUCGCGAGCCCAGGUGGCCACACAGCUGUUGUUGGAGCUCAAUGCCGAUGUAAGAGGGGAUUAUGUGGAUGAGAACGUGGACGUCCUUUUGGAAAACAGCCCGGACUUUUUCAACAGCUUCACAGUUGUCAUCGGAACAUCCCUGACCGAAAGACUGCUGAUCCUCCUGUCGAAGAAACUAUGGGAUCUGGAUAUUCCGUUCGUGGUGUGCCAGAGCUACGGCUUUGUAGGCUACAUCAGACUCCAGUUUUCGGAGCAUACCGUCGUCGAGGCCCACCCAGACAACGAGAUCCCUGACCUGCGUCUGGACGCCCCUUUCCCAGAGCUGAAGAGGCACUUGGACAGUGUGGAUCUGGAGACCAUGGGGCUGAAAGACCACGCCCACGUCCCGUACGUCAUCGUCCUGUACAAGUACUUGGAGAAGUGGCGGGGGUGCCAUGACGGUCGGCUCCCCUGCACCUACAGGGAGAAGGAGGGUCUUCGCGAAUUGAUUCGCAGCGGAAUACUGACUGACGAGGAGGGGGUGCCACAAGCAGAGGAAAAUUUUGAAGAAGCGAUAAAAGCAGUGAAUUAUGCAGUUCUCCCAACAGUAGUGCCACCACAAGUCCAGAAAAUACUUGAUGAUGACUGCUGUGUGAACCUGACGUCAGAGAGCAAGCCAUUCUGGGUGAUGGCGAAAGCCCUGCGUGACUUUGUGGAAAGCGAAGGUCAAGGCAGACUGCCAGUGCGAGGAGCCAUCCCAGAUAUGACGGCCGAUACGCAAAGAUAUAUCUCAUUGCAACAAGUGUACCACGGCCAGGCGAGCAAGGACGCAGAGACGGUGUUCAAGCACGUCCAGCAGCUCCUCCACCAGCUCAGCCAGCCCGCAGACACCGUCUCCGAGAAGGACGUCAGGCUGUUCUGCAAGCACGCGGCGAACCUGCACGCCGUGCGAGGGACGUCUGUGGCCGACGAGUGCGCAGCCGUGAACAGGGAGAACAUUGCAUCGGCCCUGGAAAAUCCAGAGAGCACCAUGAUAUUUUACAUCAUGCUGCGUGGCGUGGACCGCUUCUACGCCGAGUACAACAUGUACCCGGGAGAGUUCGACAACCAAGUGGAGCCUGACAUUGCCAAGUUGAAGGCUUGCAUUAGCAAACUUCUAGUGGAGUGGGGGUGUGGCCCGUUCCCCAAGGACGACUACGUGCACGAGAUCUGCCGCUGCGGCGCGGCCGAGUUGCAUUCUGUCGCAGCGUUUGUCGGUGGCUGCGCAGCUCAAGAAACAAUAAAGCUCAUCACUCAUCAGUACAAGCCCCUGAACAACACGUUUAUCUACGAUGGAAUUACCUCCAACACUGCCACGUACGCAUUCUGAUUUGUUCACAUGUUUUGUACAGAUUUUGAUAUAUUUAAAUUAGUUUAAUAUUUGUGAAAAAACUAUGUAAAUAUAUUGAAAUUAAUAAAGUUUUAAUCACA